CCCUGUACUCCUGGGGUGCUCUCUGUGCUCCUGGGGUGCCCCUGUCUGCCUAGGGUGUCUCUGUGGUCCGGGGGUGCUCUUUGUGCUCCUGGGGUGUCCUCUCUACCCCUGGGGUGCUCUCUGCUCUCGGGGUGCCCCUCUCUGCCCAGGGUCCCUCUGUACCCCUGGGGUGCUCUCUGCUCUCGGGGUGCCCCUCUCUGCCCAGGGUCCCUCUGUACCCCUGGGGUGCUCUCUGCUCUCGGGGUGCCCCUCUCUGCCCAGGGUCCCUCUGUACCCCUGGGGUGCUCUCUGCUCUCGGGGUGCCCCUCUCUGCCCAGGGUCCCUCUGUACCCCUGGGGUGCUCUCUGCUCUCGGGGUGCCCCUCUCUGCCCAGGGUCCCUCUGUACCCCUGGGGUGCUCUCUGCUCUCGGGGUGCCCCUCUCUGCCCAGGGUCCCUCUGUACCCCUGGGGUGCUCUCUGCUCUCGGGGUGCCCCUCUCUGCCCAGGGUCCCUCUGUACCCCUGGGGUGCUCUCUGCUCUCGGGGUGCCCCUCUCUGCCCAGGGUCCCUCUGUACCCCUGGGGUGCUCUCUGCUCUCGGGGUGCCCCUCUCUGCCCAGGGUCCCUCUGUACCCCUGGGGUGCUCUCUGCUCUCGGGGUGCCCCUCUCUGCCCAGGGUCCCUCUGUACCCCUGGGGUGCUCUCUGCUCUCGGGGUGCCCCUCUCUGCCCAGGGUCCCUCUGUACCCCUGGGGUGCUCUCUGCUCUCGGGGUGCCCCUCUCUGCCCAGGGUCCCUCUGUACCCCUGGGGUGCUCUCUGCUCUCGGGGUGCCCCUCUCUGCCCAGGGUCCCUCUCCCGCAGCCGCCCUGGCGCCAUGGCCGAGCCGCGGUUCCUGCAGGCCGAGUGCGCGUUCCGGCCCGGGGCGCACACGGUGCGGGUGACCCUGACCCGCAGCGCCCUGCGGGUGGAGGUGGAGGCUCACGGCACCGCCGACCUGUGGAGGGGCGAGUUCGAUGCCACCUUCAUCGAGGACCUGACCCGCAAAACGGGGAAUUUCAAGCAGUUUGGCAUUUUCUGCAGCAUGCUGGAGUCGGCAUUGACACAGAGUAGCGACUCCGUCAGCCUGGAGCUCCUCACCUACACCGACCUGGAGACCCUGCACAGCCGGAAAGUGGGGACAGUCACCCGGCCUCCCCCUUCCACCCAUUCCCCCCUCAACAGCAAGCGCUACCUCAUCCUCGUCUACUCUGUGGAGUUCGAUAGGAUCCAUUACCCGCUGCCGCUGCCCUACGCGGGGCGGCCGGACCUGGUGGCCCUGGUGCGGGAGCUGCAGGAGCAGCUGGCGCAGCUCCGGGCCCAGCGCCUGGAGGAGACCCAGCACUUGCGGGACGCGCUGUGGCAGGCGGUGGAGGAGAAGCGGGCAGCAGAGGCGCGGCACCAGCGCGAGUACCGGCAGAUGGCUGCGGAGCUGACCCAGGCAAAGGCGUCCGAGAAGAGGCUGCAGCUGCGGGUGAAGAACCUGACGGCUGAACUGGCCUCCUGCAAGAGGGGCCGCCAGAAAUCUGCCAGCCCAGCCCCACGCCCCCAGGAGCGACGCUCAGCAUCCCUGGAGAGCCACAGGAGCAGCCGGGGCCACCCCUCGUCCAAGUCCCCGUCACCUGCAGGCUCCCGCCCACCACGCUUCGACCCCACUGCCUUUGUCAGGGCUCGGCAGUGCCGGCAGAAGGAAGCUGAGCUCAGAAACCAGCGCCGUGGAGUGGCUUCUGGCAGCACCAGCCCGGCGAGGAGCCACAGGCGCAGCUCGUCUGCUGAAAGCUCCCGGAGCUGUCGCUUGGGAGGGAGCUCUGGCAGCAAAGCCAGUGAGCACCCUGAGCCCGUGCCCUGCAGGAGACUGACCCGUACGCGGAGACCCCUGAGCAUCUCAUCCUGCAAUGGCCCCUGCAUGGUGUCUCGCCCAGCUGCCAGCCACAAGCUGCCAGGGUGCAGGACUGGUGGCAAGCGCCCUGGUAAAGAGAACCACAUGAAGGAAUCCUCAGCUGAACUGGCUGAGAUCGAUGCCCGGCUGCAGGCUCUGCAGGAGUACAUGGACAGACUGAACACAGGCAUGUGACCCCCUGCAGGGACACACACCCUCUCCCUGUGUCCUCAGGGGCUGACAGUGGUGCUGUGGUACAAGUGUCCCCCCAAAUAAACACUUGUGUGGCCACAGAGUGUGUCCUCCUUGGGAUGGGGGCGCGA